AUGUGCUGCUCUAUAACGCUUUCCUCUGCUUUGCAUGACUACAGCUCUUUGGCCGUCUGCAACAGCAUCCCACCCUACGCGAUUCUUUCUCACACCUGGGGGGCUGAUGGCAUCAAGAAGAUUCAGUUCUGUGGCGAGGAAGCUGCUAAAGACGGCUUGGGCUACUUCUGGGUGGAUACAUGCUGCAUUGACAAGUCAAGCAGCGCAGAGCUCCAGGAAGCUAUCAACUCAAUGUUCCAGUGGUACGCUAAGGCUACGCAAUGCUACGUAUACUUAGAAGAUGUUUCGACCGGUGGCUUGGCCCAAAGCGAUCUAUCCUCUCAGCAGACAUGGAAACUAAUGUUCCAAAAGAGCAGAUGGUUUACUCGAUCCUGGUCACUACAAGAGCUACUUGCUCCAAAAUCAGUUGAAUUCUUUUCUGGAGAGGGCCUACUGCUUGGGAAUAGGAUUUCACUUAUGCAAGAGAUUCAUGACACUACAGGAAUUGCUAUUGAAGCUCUUCAAGGAAGCCCUCUAUCUAACUUUAGCAUUGCGGAGAGGUUUUCAUGGGCAAGAAAACGCACGACAAAACCGGCUCCGGACGGAGAUACAGAGAUCUAUGAACUGGAGCAAAGGUCCCGCGGAAUUUGA